GCCCGACAACGGUCACACUGACGUUCUAAUCGAUUUAUUUUACUGGCAAAAACGAAAAUAGAAAACUAACUUGGAGUUGUCAACGACUAUACGAGCCGUUCCACUGCAUCUGUGUGAAAACCCAACAAAAACAACGCAAGCUCGCCACGUCAGUGGGAGUGAGCGAGAACGCAACUGAACCACAGACCAGCGGCAGAGACAAGCAGGAGAAGUAGAACACGGAGAGGAAAGCCUGUAAGCUAACCAGCAGAACACACAAAGGGCAGCCGCUUCCACCCACCCUCUGUCCAACCACCGUCUGGGCCAGCCACCAUCAUGUUCAGCAACUUCAAGGAGCGCUUCAUGACGGCAUUGGCGCCCGAUCUGCCACCGCUGCCGAGCAGCGAGCGCAGCGACCACCACCAUCGGCGGUUCGGGAGCCAACAGAUGCCGGACAAGUUCCCGUACGCCCGGCCCCCGUUCCUGCAGCUGCUCACCGCGGACGAGCUGCGCGCCUCGGCUGACCACAAUGUGCGGCCCAUUAUCGUGCCGCGGGACAUUAAUCUGCUGCCGUGGGGCACUGGGUACGCGGAGUGCGUCAACUCGGGCAAGUCCGAGUGGAACGAGGACCAGGGCGCCUUCUGCCGGCAAGUUCUGUCCGAUCCGGAGCACAAGCAUCCCGAUCUGCCAUACACGUACUUUGGCAUCUUCGACGGCCAUGCCGGGUACGGGGCCGCCCUGGCCGCCUCCCAUCAAUUCCAUCACAUACUGCACGAGACGCUGGUGGACUGCAUCGAGCUGCUGCUGCCGCGGGACACGGAUAGCGUUGAGAACGGGCGGCUAAAUCCGAAAUUCCCGCACCCCAUUUACUUUCAGCGGCGCGUGACCAAGGACGAGCUGAUCAUCGGCGCCUUGGAGAGCGCCUUCUUCAGCAUGGACUCACUGAUAGCCCAGGACAGCAAUCGGUAUCGCGACGCGGGUGGCUGCACCGCCUGCGUUUCGCUCUUUAUCGACGGAAAGAUGUACGUGGCCAAUGCUGGCGACAGUCGGGCUGUGCUCUGCCAGCGGCGGGCCAAUCCGCCGGCCGAGCCGAAGGACGAUUCUGUGAUCGAGCCGGAUCCGCUGGAGGCGAGCUGCUAUCCAGUGCCCUUCUCGGCGGACCACACGCCGGAGACGGAGCGCGAGCGGCUGCUCAAUGUGGCGCGGCUGAAGCCGCACCUGAUGGCCAAUCAGUACGUGGCCAUGGAGUACGCAAAGCGGCCACACAUCGAGGACAUGGGCCAGCGCAUCCUCUGUCGCCAGGGCACCAUGAAAGGCUGGACCUACAAGACGCUCACUCGCGACGAUCUCCGCAUGCCCGUGGUCAACGGGGAGGGCAAGAGGAGCCGGCUCCUGGGCACCCUGGGGGUGUCCCGCGGCUUUGGCGACCACGAGCUGCUGGCCAUCAACACGGGCAUCCAGAUCAAGCCAUUCCUCACCCCCCAUCCAGAUGUGCGUCAGCGGGAUCUCACCCAGGUGGUCAGCAUCCCGGACGAGCACAAUCAGGACGGCGACUACGGUGUGCUUGUGAUGGCCACCGACGGCCUCUGGGACGUGUCCGAGAACGAGGCCGUCUCCCGCACCGUCUUCCAAACGCUCUCCAAAUACCCGACCGAGAAGCAUCGCUACACCAUGGUCGCCCAGGAGCUGGUGGCCCGGGCCCGCGGCAAGAUAAACGACUCCGGCCACUGGCGGCUCGCAGACAGCAAGGCGGCUGCCACCGUCGACGAUAUCUCGGUGAUUGUCGUACCCGUCUAUCAGUAUUACAAGGAGCACAUCGAGUGGACGCAGAACUACACACGCGACCUGGAAAAGCGGCGUCGCAAAGCCCAGGCCAACAUGGCCCAAGAGGCCCAGGAGGUCAAUGUGCUUAAUGGGGGGGUCAUUGCUGAGGAAGCCCACGUCGAGGAGGAGGAGGAGGACGGCGAAGUGGUGGUCCUCGAGGCCAAGGCCCAGAUACAGUCAGAGUCGAUGCCGUUGCCGUUGAAACUGCCGCAUGCCGAGGCUGAGGAAGUUCUGGUGGUCGAGAUAGGUGAAUCGCCUGAACAGUCCCAGAGGAGUUCACACUCCACGGGUACGGGCACGGGCACGGGCACGACGGAUAAAGAAGCUUUUGCUACGGCACCCGACUCGCAGAAGGAGAGAGCAAUAUUAACGCAGGAGAAGCAGCAGCAGGCACAGUCUUCGCAACAGCAACAGCAACGCAGUCGCAAGAGCAACAAGGGCAAGCAUUAAGGAGCAUGCACACAGGAUACAUAUAUAAUGCAUCAUACACAUGCACACACACACACACACACCCCACACACACACAGCAAUAUUUCAAAUGGAGACGAAACUGAAGCAGAGACAGAUGCAGCGGCAGUGGCAGUGGCAGUUGGCAGUUGGCAGAUUACUACUAGUAUAUUUUUUUACACUCCAUAAAAAGGCAUAUUCAGAACAUUCAAGUUUAUACAUAAUUUGCGUAUGUACACAAGAUUGGACAGGAUGGAGGGCGGAUAACUUCGUUGCAUUGUACAAUAAUUUGCUGUAACUGAAUCUAUUUAUGUUUGUUCAAAACGACAAAAAAAACACAACCCAGAACGGUGGAAAAUAAUGCAAUUAAAUUAAAUCAAAAGUCAAUGAAUCCAAUUGAAAGCAGAAAAACAAACAAAACAGAAAUUUGUUAGUAUUAUAAGCUGCGUAAUAACAAUAAAAUAAAAUAUAUA